GCCGUCUUCUCCGUACUAUAUCAAUUCAAAGUUACUCUGAUAUAUUUUCAAUAUGAAUGGUUAAUGGUAAAAUUCAAAAACCAUAUGAGGAUACAUUUUAUGCCAAGAAAACAGAGGUAGCGGGUUCUCGCUGGUUUUGAAUAUGUCUACUAGCGCAAUUCCAUGUGGUAACAGCUUGCUAACUUUGGCUAGUUACUCCACCAUUUCGAUGUUUACUGCUAGACAAACGAACGUAGCCAUAUAGCUUGCUGUUGUUAUUAUUAAAUAGCUUGCCCUUAUUAUUGCAAGCCCUUCUUGUAAUUAUGUUAAUGUGUUGUCAGAAAAACAGCAGAUAAUAGUCCAUUGCCAAACAGAUAAUCCAAAGUCUAAAAUGGACUUCUCAGAUAUGCUUCAAGACCUACAACUGGUCAAGACCUCCGAAAAGGAAAAUUCCCCAGGACUUGAAGGGCUGCUAUCACGUCCAGUUUCUGAGGUCCUCUUUCAUGUUCAGGAAAAACUUAAGUCUUCCGGGCUCACCACCGAACAGCAUGGCACAAUCCUUUGCAGUGUGGAGCAAAUGUUCAGACUUGGGGACAAACACUGGCUCAUCUCUGAUUGUUGCCGCAAUGAAAACACAGGCUUGGUGAAAGCUUAUGUGGAAUUUGUGAGCUCACUGACACUGUACGCUGCUUUACCUGUCUGUGAUGAUGACAGUGGUUCUCUGCCAGCAAGUUCCUAUGGGAGCAUCCCGGCUAGAGCCUGUGCGGUAACAUCUGUACUUUUAGCCUUGGUAUUGGCACUUGGGAAUGAAGGAAAGGCUGUCCCCAGCCACUGCCAAGCCCCCUCCUGGGUCUCACUCACAGUUCCACUUGCCCCUCUCUUGUGUGUGUUUGCUGUGACCCAUAUGCAAGAGCAGGCUUGGACCAGCGAAGCCUCCAGAACAGCAGCGUCUAGCCUCUUGGCAUCUUUGGUUAAGGCAGGGUGCUGGGAGCACAUUACACAGCUUCUAUGUGGAAAGGAAAAUAAGUGCCAACCAGGAGUACUUGGCGCCAUCUUAAAGAUCCUGCAGGCAGAUUUGAAAAAGGACAGCUGGAAGCGAAAACAGGCCACUAAGCAUGUGUUUGCCUGGAUCCUCAUGCAGGUUGGCCGGCCAUGGCUGGCAGACUACCUGGAUGUGGUUUUUCCUCCUUCGCUGCUAAUUUCUGAUGAUUACUGCCCUGAGAACCAAGUGCUUGGAAUACGCUGCAUAAAUCACAUUAUCCUCAAUGUGCCUGCCGCCGAUCUCCGUCAGUACAAUCGGGCCCAGGUUCUCUACCAUGCCCUUUUCAACCACCUCUACACAUCUGAGCCCCGGCUUAUUGAGGUCGUCUUGCCUUGCAUUAUAGACCUCCUGCCUGUGUUGGAGAAAACCCCUGAUUGCACUGGGUUCCCCAGAAAACCUAACCGCUAUGAUGACGUGCUGCGGCUGACCCUCACUCACAUGGAGAUGGAACAUAAACUGGUGCUUCGGAGAGUCUAUGCCAGCUGUUUAGUACACUUCAUUAAAAAGAUGGGUAUUGUCAUCGUUCGCCAUCUGAAACGAUUGGAAAGGGUAAUCACUGGUUACCUGGAGGUUUCAGAUGGUCCUCAAGAACAGGCAAGACUGGCUAUACUGGAUGUUUUAGAAAAGACCCUGCUCGUCGCCUGGCCAAGAAUGGAGUGCCGUUUUUCUGUCCUGACAAAAAGUCUGCUGAGGCUGCUGUGUGACCUGUCCACAGAGUCUUUACCCCCACAGGUGAGAGAUGAGCUUGUCACCAAAGCCACUCGCUGUCUGCAGCUUCUGGACCACUGCACCCGGGGAAAGCUAAAGACACUGCUAAAGGAGGUUGACAGCAGCUGCACCACUACUUUGGUGCUAAAGUGCAUUGAGACUGUCACAAUGGAACAAGGAUAACCAUGACACGGACUUGGACAUCAACAUUGUUAAUCGGAAAUGAAGACGGUUCCUAGAUCUCUGUUGCAAAGUGAGGCAGACAAGGUGGAUUUGGUUAGCUGGGCAAGACAAACCUGUGGCCUGUGUUUGUCCAUGGGAUGAAAUCUGUCCCACUGCUAUUUCUGCAAAAGCUUUCGUUUAUUUUGCCCCAAUAUCUCUAUCCACUGAGAGAACCUGUCUCACCACUGUAGUCUUUGCUCUGUGCCACUAAUUGAUCUUUUGACUAAUCAGAUCAGCUCAUUGCCAAGAAUUGGGCUGCCUUUGUAAAUCCAGUAACAACAAGGUGGUUCACACAACUACAGGAUACAUCCAAAAUUAUCAAUUUUCCUUGCGCUCUCCAUUUGCACAAGUGUCUCAAGGCCGAUGGAGUUAAAAUAAGAGAAUGUAGAGGGUAAUUAGACCCUCUAGUGGUCCCUCCAGCAUAUCUGAAAUGAUGUAGCCUUCAUGAACAGAAUUGAAUCCCAUAGAACACCACUUUCUUUGUGAGAAAUUUCAUACAAAAUAAUGGCUAGUUAUGCCUAAUGAUAUAACGUCAUUUUCUCUCUAAUAUGGAGACAUUAGAUAUGUUAAGAUGAAAAGCAUUGUAAAUUAAGUCCUACUGUUAAAUAGGUUUAUAUACCUGAUAAUUUUAAUUUGAGUUGCUUUAUUGAAGUGGAACAUGAGUUGAAUAUUUUAAGUCACAAGUGUAUACUGAUAUUUAUGGGUUUAUUGAUACCCUCAUCACUCUGAAUGCCCUCAGUUUUGUCUGAAACCCAUGAUAAUAAAGGACUUUGCAAUCAAGUCGGUAGGGACCUCUGAUCAGAUGUUCGACUCAGUUCUUGGUCAGUCAGUUUUUAUUUUUACCCUUACUUAACUAUCUACGUUUACUGAGAACCUGGCAAAAUGUAGGAUUUACUUCCCUAGGUGCAGAACAGCUGAUUUUCUUCACCAGGCUACCUCCUGGAUCAGAUGUAGCAACCUUUCAGUUGUUGGUUAUAUACUAUAGCUGCUAGACACCCUGCUGCCCCAAAUGUUUGUGUUUUUUUCCAACUGAAUUCUGCUCAUCCCCCCAUCCUUACUGCAUAAGAAACUAGGCAUUGAUGUCUGGCCUGGUCUACAAGUACUGGAGUGAGAACCAAUCGGUGCAGUAUCUGGAGAGUUAGAGGAACUUCAGCCUCAAGUCAUUGAAGUCAUGAAACACUAACAGCGUGAACCCAAAUAUAGUUUCCCUGGUAGAUGUUCCGUAGUGUAGUAUAUCCCAGAUUUACAUACCAUAGUAAAUCUGGGACACUGCGUUUAGUAUGUU